AUGAAUUCGCCAGAACUGGACCGAGGAACUGAUGAGUGGUACCUUCUGUGCAAGAAGGUUCGAGAGGCUUGUGAAAAUUAUGGUUGCUUCGAAAUUGUGUAUGAUAAGAUACCCCCGCAGUUAAGAGCCGAAUUCUUCUCAGCGUCAAGAAAACUUUUCAGCCUUCCCCUUGAGACAAAGAAGAAGAACACUUAUCCAAAUCCUUACUCCGGUUACCUUGGACUGAGUGCUGUUGCUCCCUUGUACGAAAGCUUUGGCUUUGAAGAAGCAUCCGACUAUGAAUCCCUUAGAAGCUUCACAGAAGAAAUAUGGUCUCGUGACGAGCUUUGCACUGUCCUUUCUAUGAUGAAGCAGCUGGACGAAUUGAAAGAUAUGAUUCACUUGAUCAUUCUUGAUAGCUAUGGUUUGAAAGAAUCAUCAAAUUCGAUAAUGGUGACUAAGAGACUGCUAAAGUUAAUGAAGUAUACGGCACCUCCUUCAGGGGAGUACACGAUGGCUGCUCCGGCUCACACAGACAAGAAUUUUGGCACAAUCCUUUGUGAUGAUCAAGUUUCAUGUCUUGAAGUUCAAACCAAGGAUGGGCAAUGGGUCAAGUUGCCUAUACCUCCUCGCUCUUUCGUCUUUAAUAUUGGAGACUCCCUCGACCCUCAUGGUACAUAA